GGAGAGCGGGCCAGGCUGUACUGAGUGUACCAACGAGGGAUUCAAUUCAGCCUUCUUCUGCAGAUUUGAUAAUUGCGCUCAGAGGUCGCGCUUUUCUAUGCGCCAGGCGCCGCCAGCCAUGUACAGGCCGCCACACAGGCGCCGACGCAUUCAUUUGCUGAUGCGCAAUAAGCCUCGCAUGGGCAUUUGACCGCAUCCGACGACGCCUCCGCUGGCUUAUUGGAUUGUGCUGCCACUUCUUAUGGACACCACUAUGCAGACAGGAGUCGCUGCAUAUAAAAGUGUCGUGCACAUGGUGUGCAUUUUGGAUUCCAUAUGGGCCACGCUCAGUCGGCCAGUUUGGACUUCUUCGAGGCCGGAGCAUGGCCAUUGACCAUUGCAGCUCCGUCUGCAGGGGCGCCCGCACGAGUUCCGCGUGUGCUGGGAGGCAGGUAUGGCUGCUGUGAAAAACAUCGGAUAUGGCCCAGCCACAGCCAGUGCCUCCUGGCCGAUACGCUGCUGCUGCCACUGCCGCUUGUCAGGCAGCAGCUCAUCUUGGAGCGGCCCUUGCAGUCGCCUCCGAAUUGACGCCAUUUGGUAAGUGCAUCUACGUUUUGCAGGCAGCAUUAAA